AUGCUAGUGGAGCCAACAGCGGCCGGAGCAGCGGCACCGCCGCCGACAACACCAUCGCCGGCGCCGCCGACUCCCGCUGGCGGCUCGGCGGCCGUCAAUGAGCAAAACACCCAAGAAUCGUUGGCCUCGCCGGCAAUUGACAACUCGAAAACUAUCAAUCAAGCGUACAACGCGAUGGUGGAAAAGGAGUCGAAUAAUAACGUCAGAAGUUUGCACGUUUGA